UGUAAACCAUGAGCGAUGGCUUUUGGGUCUUCAAAUAGUUGUGGGACUUUGAGAUAAUUAUCAAGUCAAACUUUUCUACAUAAAUUUGUGCAAUUUUCUACAUAUACUUGUGAGUAUUCAAAAUAGUUAUCAAUUCAGAAUUUUCGACCAACAGAAGAAAUGGCGGAUGCUAUUGUUGUGUCCUGUAGCUGUUGAACCAGUUUUCAUUGAUGAAGUGAUUGGAUUGUUUUCCAGAGUUGAUCAAUCAGUUUGAGAUAUGGCAGGUGCUAUUGUGUUCUUAGCUGUGGAAAGGAUUUCAGAUUUGCUCAUCCAUGAAGCAGUUUUUCUCAAAGAUGUGAAAGAUCAAGUUGAGAGCCUUAAGGCUGAACUGAAGCGUAUGGAAUGCUUCUUGAAGGACGCUGAUCGUAACCCAGACCAAGACGAGCGUUUCUGCAAUCGGGUGUCGGAGAUCAGAGAUCUUGCUUACGAUGCUGAAGAUGUUAUCGACUCCUUCAUUCUUGAAUGUGCACAUCAAGGAGGAUUCCAAGGAAUCGUCAAGAGAUUCACCUCCAUUUUCACCAAGCCUUUUCAUUUACACAAAACAGGGGUGCAGGUCAAAGCAAUCCAGAUUAAGCUUAAAAACAUUUCCAAGAGUCUUCCGGCCUAUGAGAUAUCCGGUGAAGGAGAGGGGUCUAGCUCUAUUUCUAGGGUGCAACAACAGUUAAGGAGGACAUUCUCGCAUGUUGAGGAAGAGAAUGUCAUUAGCUUGGGGGUUAGCAUCAAGGAUGUCCUAGCCCAAUUGAUGACUGAAGAUGACAGACCCCACGCCGUCGUCUCAAUAGUUGGUAUGGGGGGGAUCGGAAAGACUACUCUAGCCAGACAGUAUAUAAACACAUUGAUGUGAGACGACAUUUCGAUUGCUUAGCUUGGGUUUCUAUAGCUCAACAAUGUAAGCCAAGAGAAGUUUUGUUUGAUGUCCUGAUGAAAGUUAAACAUGAAAGAGCAUCAAUUGAUAAUCUAAAUGAGAAUCAAUUGGUUAAAAGACUUUCAAAUGUUUUGAAAGAAAAGCAGUAUUUGAUAGUCUUCGAUGAUAUCUGGAGAAGUGAAGAUUGGGAUAUUCUUAAACCCGCUUUUCCACGAGGAAAAAAAGGAAGCAAAUUUUUGUUCACAACACGCAAUAAGAAUGUAGCUUUAGUUGCUGAUCCUUGCAACUCUCCGAUAGAGCUCCCAUUUCUUACAGAUGAUGAAAGUUGGAAGCUUUUUAGAAGCAAAGUAUUCCCUCGAAACAAGAUAGGUUCUCAUGCCUGCUUGGAAGAAUUUGAGAAAUUCGGGAGACAGAUGGUGAAGAAAUGUGGGGGCUUGCCUCUAGCAAUUGUUGUGUUGGGGGGCUUGCUAGCAACAAAACACUCAUUGGUCCAGUGGGAGAUGGUUCACAGAAAUAUCUUCAAUGGACACUUAAGAGGGUUCCAACAUGAUCAUCAAUAUCAUGCAGUGCAUGGAAUUUUGGCUUUAAGCUACUACGAUUUGCCUUAUCAUUUAAAGCCAUGCUUUCUAUAUCUCAGUCAUUAUCCAGAAGAUUGGGAGAUAUCAAAGAAGGAACUUAUUCAAUUAUGGAUUGCUGAAGGUUUCAUUCCACCAUCAUUAGAAAGCAGCGAAAUAUUAAUGGAGGAUAUAGGCGAACAAUUCUUAGAAGAGCUCAUAAAUAGAAGUUUGGUUCAAGUUGUUAAGCGGGACUAUACAGGAAUAAAUGUGAAAACAUGUCGGAUGCAUGACCUCUUGAGGGACUUAUGUAUAGAGAAAGUAUUGGAACCCACCAUUCUUUGAAAGGUCAAAUGGGGUGGGCACCGAAAGUAAAAAGUAAUAUUGGUUGGCAAGUUGGGUUAAAAGUUGGCAUGGGAUAAUUGCAAUUUUGGUCCCUAAUUGUAUAGGGACAUUGCAAGUUGAUCCUUGAACCUCAACUAUAAAUAGGCCUAACCAUUGCUUACUUUCUUCAUCCCAUAAUUGCCAUUCUCUACUUAAGGCAUUAUUCU